UGAUUAUCUCUGUUUCGCCCCCUUUUCACUUUUGAUAGCGAUAUGCUCUUCCCUAAAAGGGCCACCAUAUGUGAACUCAUAAUUCCUUUUCUCACUAAACCCUUUCUUGACUUCUUCCCUCCAUCCACUACCUUCAUUAAACUUCAAUCCUAGGUUUCUGAUUGCAAAUCAUUUCCUCAGUUUCUAAUAUGGGUAACUGUUUGAAUUCUUCUUCCCCUAAAGUCGACGCUACUCUUAGCUCCCGAACCUCUGGGAGCUCGAAAAUCAACAGCAAAAUCAGUUCAUCUUCAGGUCUUUCCAGCAUAACGGUUUCAACUUUCAGUGGAGGCAGCAGCAUUGAUGGUGUUUAUACCCCAAGACCCGAAGGUGAAAUAUUAUCGUCUCCGAAUGUAAAACCCUUCUCCUUCAUGGAGCUAAAGAACGCCACAAGAAACUUCAAAGUCGACAGUCUUCUUGGAGAAGGAGGAUUUGGGUACGUUUUCAAAGGUUGGAUCGACGAAUUCACCCAUAUCGCUUCAAAACCAGGAUCCGGAACUGUCAUCGCUGUCAAAAAGCUUAAACCUGAAAGUUUUCAAGGCCAUAAAGAAUGGCUGACAGAAGUAACCUAUCUUGGCCAGCUACACCACCCUAAUCUUGUAAAACUCAUCGGCUACUGUUCAGAGGGUGAAAACAGGCUCUUGGUUUACGAGUACAUGCCAAAAGGAAGCUUGGAGAAUCAUCUUUUCAGAAGGGGCCCACAACCACUUCCAUGGGCAACAAGGCUCAAAGUCGCCAUAGGUGCUGCAAAAGGCCUAGCUUUUCUUCAUGACGCGAAAGACCAAGUCAUAUAUCGUGAUUUCAAAGCUUCAAACAUCCUUCUUGAUGCGGAAUUCAAUGCAAAACUUUCCGAUUUUGGAUUAGCGAAAGCAGGGCCAACUGGAGAUCGAACACACGUGUCAACUCAAGUAAUGGGUACACAUGGAUACGCAGCUCCAGAAUACAUUGCUACAGGUCGAUUAACAACAAAGAGUGAUGUAUACAGUUUUGGGGUUGUUUUGUUAGAGCUAUUAACUGGUCGUCGUGCUGUUGACAAGUCAAAGAUUGGUGUUGAGCAAGAUCUUAUUGAAUGGACAAAACCGUAUCUUGGAGACAAAAGAAGAUUGUUUAGGAUCAUGGACACUGGAUUAGAAGGACAAUAUCCUCAAAAGAGUGUGUACACCGCAGCCAUGAUUGCUUUACAGUGUCUUAGUAUUGAACCCAAAACCAGACCUCGUAUGUCUGAAGUUGUAGUAAAUCUAGAAGAGCUUCAAUCUGCUAAAAAUGUUUCAAAAGAUAAUAAUCGAAAGUUGGCUAGUCCUGUUGUUAACAAAUCGCCAGCUGGACAUCGUAAACGUCGUUCGACACCUUCAGGGUCUCCUUUGCCGACCCCACGAGGGAGUAAUAAUAGAGUUUGAUGAUGAAGAAAUGUGGUUCACUUAAGUUUUGUAUGUUGUAGACAUAGUGUG